ACUGUAGUUCAGUUUUGAGAAUUAACUUCUUGAAGACGUGUGUGUGCAUACGUGCAAAUUAACGGUGACGUUUAUUUUGUGUAUUACCAUUUAAAACCAGCUUGAAUAUUAAAAGGAUAAAAUGGCCGAAUCUGUGGAGAGUGGAGAAAGAGUCGUCUGUAUUGCAAUAGACGGAAGUGAUAAUUCAAAAUAUGCGUUUCAGUUCUAUUCGGACAAUGUAAGGAAAGCCAAUGACAAAGUCUACCUGGUCCAUUCCGUAGAGAUCAACAGUGUCUUGCAUUCCACUCAAUGGUACAGCUCGCCUUAUUCCUUCGACAAGGAGAUGUUGUUGAAGUUAUUGGACGAAGAGAAGACCAAGAUCCGCCACAAACUCGAGGGUUUUGCAGUGCUUUUGAAAGAUGCCGGGAUCGAUGGCACGGUGAAGAGUAUCCACGCGGAGUCCCCGGGGGAGGGAAUCGUUAAGGCGGCCGCGGAGGUGGGCGCUUCCCUCGUCGUCGUCGGCACGCGCGGCAUGGGGAAGCUGAGGCGCACGUUCAUGGGGAGCGUCAGCGACUACGUGCUGCACCACUCGCCGGUUCCAGUGCUCGUCUGCCGACACAACGAGGACGAGAAAAAGUAACCGGGAUGUUGGGCUGACUUCGAACUAUAAAUAACGAACGCUAGAAACAUAUGUCUUAAAAUAAAUGCCCAAGGUUACGAUAUUAUUCAAGGGUUAGAUUAAGCAGAUGUUGCAUUUGUGUUGAUGCUGUUAAUAACAGCUAUAUCGUUUUGAGUGCUUGUGUUAUUUGUUCAAAAUAUGGUCCAAUGUUUUAUAUUCAACGUCGUGUUUAGUGCUGUUUUAUGUGCCAAAGCACAUGUUUAAAUAUUUUACCCAAGUGUGUCAGUAUGUAUCAGUAACGUAAUCUUACAGUUCUAUGUAUCUACACAAAUGGUGUGCGUGGUAUGAGUCAAUAAAUGUGUACAAUUAA